AUAAAAGUACACUUAAAAUACAUAAAUGCAUGUUUUUGUUUCAUUUUUUUAUAUUUUUCUUUUGGGUAUUUUGACUUUUUCAGGUAGAGGAAUGUCAAGGGCAACUGGAUAAGGGUUGUUGAUGGCAAAACAGGUUGGAGACUACAUAAGACUUUGACAGUUGGCGGGAAACCAUCAUCAACUGGAGAGAUGCCAGUAAAAAGAUGGCCAUAAAACAGUGACCGCUGAUUUGCAUUGAGUUCUUUCUUACAUAUUGGAUGGCCUAUGUUUUUUAUUGUUUAAAUCAUUGCGGCUUGGAAUGCUCUUUAAGAAAAGGUAUGGUUAUGGGGGUGUCUACGCGCAAAAGUUUGACUUUAUUUUUUGUUAAAGUUAUUGCUUUUACAUUGAAUUUGUGCAGGAAAUCUUUUGGUAUGUUGUGACCUGCAUACGUUGAUGUGGAACGCACCACUGGACGUUAUUUGGGAAAUGCUAUAUUACAAACAUUACAGCUUAAAAACAUACCAAUAGAAAAUAUGCGGGCUCAGUGUUAUGAUGGGGCAGCUAAUAUGUCUAGUGAUCGAUGUGGGGUUCAAAAAUGCGUCGCAGAAUUUGCAACAAAUGCACCAUAUACACACUGCAAUAGCCAUGCACUGAAUCUUGUGAUUGUACACUCAUGCAAACAAACUGAUAUUAGCCAUACAUUGGACAAGAUAAAAUCAAUAUGCAUAUUCUACAAAUAUAGUCCCAAAAGAGAAGGUCUUUUAAAUGAAAUUAUGAGGCAAGGGGUUCAAUCUCCAACGAAACGAAAAGCUAUUUUGGAUCUGUGUAAAACACGCUGGGCGGAGAGACACGUUGCCUUUGCUCACUUCUAUGAUUCAUAUGUGUACAUCGUCGAGUCAUUAGAAUUCAUCGCACAUGGUGUGAACAAAAGUAAUUAUGACCUGCAAUAAUAUCAUGAUAAGUGGGACCAAACUUCUAGAUCGGAUGCUUCGUCCUUCCUUCAUGCCAUAACAAGCUUCGGCUUCAUAAUGGCCUUCAUGGUUAUCUACCAAGGGUUGGCAAUAUUGUCGGGGAUUAGUGUACAACUACAACAGAAGGCACUGGACGUAUACCAGGCAAACUCAAAGAUUGAAAACGUAAAGAUUCGUACAGAACCCUCAGAUAGGACAUCGGGGAGCAAUUUCAUGUCUGGUUCAACCAAGCAUCAAAGAUGGCAGAUAAAGUUGGUGUCAAGCCCGAGAUGCCCAGGAUAGCGGCGCGACAAGCCCAUCGUUCAAACAGUGUGGGAGACGGAGCCAAUUGUUCAUGUGAGGAAAGAUGCGUACACCAAGUGGAAGCAUACUUCAGAAUCAAUUAUGCCAUACCCUUCAUUGAUCACAUCAACGCUGAACUUUUCUUACAAUUUUCUCCACUGGCAGUGACCGCUUCUAAAUUACUAGUCUUGGUCCCGUCCGUUUUUGAGUCGGCCCAUUCUAAGGCCAUCAUGGAAUUAGGGGAGGUAUAUGAGGAUGACUUACCCUCACCUGCCCUGCUAGAGGAAGAGUACACUCGUUGGAAGCAGCUCUUCUCUUCGGAGUCUGAUCCACCCUCCUCUUGUGCAAAGGCUUUACAUGCUUGUGACCGGUGUUUGUUUCCUAACAUCCAUACCUUGUUGCGGAUUGCAUGCACCUUACCGGUCACAAGUGCAGAGUGUGAACGGGCUGCUAGCACACUGAGGCGUCUGCACCACUACCAGCGUGCGUCUAUGACAAAUAGUCGCCUGUCUUCAUUGGCGCUCGUAAACAUUCAUUAUGGAUUCCAGCACAACGUGCCCGAAAUCAUAUCGCGAUUUUCCCGCCUACAUCCCCGCAAAAUGGAAUUGGAAUCUUUGAUAUAAAUAUAUUUAUGUUUCUGUAUAAUGCACAAUUAUUAAUCUGGCACUGUAAUCCGUUUGAAAUCGAUAUUUAUCUUUAGUUAUUUGAUACUAAAUUGUAAAUUUUGUCAUCGUUAUUAAUGACACCCCCUCCCGCACAUACCCCCUUCGCCACUUCGUUGCUCAAUAACACUCGUUGAUGGGAAAAUUCGCACCCCCCUUUUCAAAACCCUGGCUACGUGCCUGAUAUACAUCGACAGAUUACGUCUAAUUAUUUGGACUACCUGUGACAGUGUCUACAUCUCGUUGAAGGUUUAUCCUACUAGCAUACGUGUUAAGUGUUAUAUGUUUAAUAAUUCAAAGUUAUUUGAAACGUAAAUAUUAACAAAUAUAUCAUACAAGCACGGCAUCAUAAUGUGAAUGUUGUAUUGCGAAUACUUUGGAUUUUAUCAUUGACAUCACUGUUUCACUCGUCAGUGAAAAGACAAACAGAGCAGCAAACUGUUAAUUAUCCUAAAGUCACGGACGUCUGCAAAAAGGCCUUGUGAAAAGCUGCUAUGUAAACUACCGGCCAGAUCAGUUAAAGUCACGCCAAAACGGCUCAAAAACUAACUCUCUAAUCGCCAGACCGAGGAGGCGGUAUAUUAUUUCCUUUAAGUGUAUUUUACGGAAUCCCGAUAGUUCCAUCUAUAAUCUCGAUUCCUCAAGGGCGACGCACGACACACGAUAUAUUGCGUGACGAUGUGUAGGUUGCCCAAAAGGCGAUAUAUCAUGUUAAAUAUAUAGUUCGUCGCCGCGACUGUCGCGCAAAAUAUCGUGUAUCGCUUCGUGUGUCGUGUUUCGCCCUUGAUGAAAGAAGUGCGAGAUUAUAGAUUGCACUAUCAGGAAUCCGUAGUAUUAAGCAUAUGACGAAGAUUAAAUAAGUGCAUUCGUCAACAUUGCAUACAAUUAAUUGAAUAGAAACCUUUAACAUGAAAUGAUAAACAUGUGCAUUAAAGACGUAUGCAGUCAAUGAAACCUACAGUUUUUAUUGAACGCGUUAGUUUCUCCCUAAGUUUAACAGGAAAUAUUACAAAAAGUACAUGUUUAUUAUUGUAGUUAUACAUAUACAUUGUUAAAGAUCAAACGCAGUUUUGAAACGAGCGUUUUAAUACACACUCGCACUUUGCAAUAACAUAUUACCAGUCGUUAUAGCUGCAAAUUUCCUGUAUUGCACACUUGUUGCAAUCAUAUGAAUGCAGAUAUGCUGAUAUUUUAAUAUGAUUUUUUUUAUGAACGUUUUUGAACAAUUAAUAACUCCUGAUCUACUUUAAGGAAACUAUGUUUGUGUUGCUUAUAUAAGUGUACAUAUACCAUUGACAUAUUAACAUUCCAUAAUGAUAUAAACUCAUCUGUAAUAUGGUUUCUUGUAUCUAACUGCAGAACUGUAUCAAUGGCUGACGAAGGCAUCAGACGCGAUGAACCAGGAGAGGUCCAUAAACAGGUCAGUGUGUCCAGCUGUCACGCAUGGUUUCAAAAUGAACAGGCCUCUGCUAAGACUUCUACUUUAAUGAAUGUUCUGGGUUAUGAGCCUCACAUCCGACAGGCUCGGAUAGAAGCAUACAAGGCCUCUGACAGGCAUUAUACUGCAAAGGCGCGUGGUAGGUUAACGUGGAUCACCACGGGUAGCAAGGCUGAGGGUCUGACCAGCUUACUGGAGAGCGAUACAGACAAGUUGAUUGUUACAGAAAGUGUCAUCUGUUUAGAAGAUGGUGUUGAUUCAAGUAGCGUUCCUGUGGAGAAAACCAUAUUUAGAUCCUGCAGUCGUAUUAGUUACUCCGGACACUGUAGACUGCUACUUGAAACAUGCGGUACAACUAUUCCUAGAAUAGUGUACAAUGCCUUGUGUGAUGAUGGAUUUGGUCGCGGACUAUUAAGCAGCGACUUAUAUGUUAAUCAGUGGUUGAACGUUAAACAGAGGGAAGGCAUAGUACACCAUGAGCGUGCUGGACCGUCAACGCCAAGAACAACUCAUUAUCUUAAAAGCGAUAUCGUGCAUACGCUACAUUUUUACUGCCCCAGCAUCCUUACAAGAUGGGCGGCAAGACAUCGCUACUGGCCAUCACCUGACGUCGUUAGGGAAGUUGUAUCACUUGGAGCAUUUGUUUCUCCUGUUGGGGUUAAAGGCAGCGAAUAUGAACAUGUUGAAUGGAGAAUGUGUUUUAACUCCGGGGAAAACGUACUGAUCAAUAAUCUUAACGACACUCAGGUUAAAUUAUAUGUGCUAUUAAAAAUGGUGAAGAAAGAUGUAUUAAAACCGCAAAAGAAGGAGGUGACAUCGUUCACGGUUAAAAACAUUGUAUUAUGGAUAGCAGAAAAUAACCCGCACUCAUUGUUUCAUGAAAGAAGUCUGUUUCACUGGCUUCACGAAGGAUUAUAUGCGCUAAGAGUUGCUAUAGAUACGAAAGAGCUGCCAUAUUACAUGAUCCCAGAGCGAAAUCUGAUGGCAGCCUGUGCUCUGGAUCAUGAGCAGAAACGUUCUUGGAUAGCUACUAUUGAUGAAAUGAUGACCGAAGGUCCCCGGAUCAUAUUGAGACUACCGAAGAUAAGACAAGCCAUAAUUGCUCACCCUGAGCCACUACGAUGGUACAGCGGGAGGAGGAUAGAGCUGGAGAUGCUGCAGCUGAUAGCCAUGAACAGAGUCGCCCUCGGCAUGGAUAGAGAGACGGAUGUUAUUAUGCAGGCAAUAAGCAGACGUCGGUUGGAGAUUUUGAGGGAGAUUAAGAUGAGGAUGAUUAUGGAAGGGAGUCGAGUAAAUGAUCUAUGGAAUGUAUUAAGUCGCAUGUUCAUGUAAAAUGAUUACACAUAUCAAAAGACAUUUGACUUGCACUUGAAACUCACAUAUAUAGAUGUAAGGAGUUAUCGUCUGUUGGUAAUUAAUAUUUAUUGUUUGGCAGAAUACUUUAGAAAUGUAAUCUUCGUUAUUAAGAAAACUGUUCAUAUUUACUUUUGAAAAAAAAUGUUGUAUUAUUCUUACAAUGUAUAUGAAACGACUAAACGACGAUGUAAUGCUUAUUUAAAACAUUAAUCACAUUUAACGAUAACAUAAUGUUUAAACACGUGGGCUCUCGUAUAGUCAGAUCUCCAUGAUGCAUGUCAUCCAGGGUCUUAAAAUAAAGUCAUAUAUAGUAUGAUUGGCAUGCGUCCAUGUACGAGUUGUAACCCAAUAUACAUCACGUUAAUGGGGAAGCAGGUUUAAUAGUCAGAUCUCCAUGAUGCAUGUCAUCCAGGGUCUUAAAAUAAAGUCAUAUAUAGUAUGCUUGGCAUGCGUCCAUGUACGAGUUGUAACCCAAUGAACAAAACGUUAAUGGGGAAGCAGGUUUAAUAUGUAUGUCAAUAUAAAAGAACAACACGCCAAUACUUGUCCAUUAAAUAUAUACAUGCGUUUUUUUAGAAAUAACAUAGAUACAAAACCCAAAAAUAUACACACAUAUCAAUACACACACUUUGUUUUUUUUAUGCAAAAAUACAUGUUAAAUGGUAUGUUUGCAUAGUUAGUUGAAAUAGCUUUCCAUAAACAUCACAGAAUGAAGCUGUGGUUUUGAUAAUUAACUUGCCACAUAUCACCUUCCGUGUGGUUAUGGUGUUCAUGUAGUUCUUACACAGCUUCGAACCUUAAAAGCGUUAUAGAUCUUUCGACUAAUCCUUUCCAAGUCUGAAAAACAAUAGAAGUAAAACCCAUUUUAAAGCAUGUGCUCUUAUUUUCUUUGUCAUUCAUUAAAAAUGGACCAAAUUCAAUAAUCAGGCAGAAAUAACAAUCAUUAUAUUUAUUUAAAGACAAUAAGUAAAACAAAGAAAUAUUAUAUUUCAACAUAACAUGUAUGCUUUUAUAAGAUUUAUGUUCAGUUAAACAUAAAUUGUUUAAUCAAAGCUUCACUAUUCAAUAAUGUAACAUUUGGUUAAUUUGAUAUAUUUUCAGAACAGACUAAAGUUUAUGUUCUAGAUUCUUACAAAACUGUGUUCAGAUUAAAUGCAGAACUGACGGGCAAAUUCUUGUAUACCACACAUAGCAUUUAAAAAAUGUGUCCCACACAUAGCAGUUUAACAUUUAUAUACACACACUCUGAAUUAGAUGUAUUUGCGCAAACAUACAAUGUAAGUAGCUUAUCUAUGAAGAAUAACAAUGUCCGCCCUAUUUUUUAAACCCUCGACAAUAUUAUAAUCAAUGUUUUUGUUGAUUGAACAAAAAAUAUACCACACAUAGCAUUUCACUUCAUGUGUUUUCAAACACGCGGUUGCACUUUUUGGAAAAAAUACUUAAAUAAUUUUGCGCAAACUUAACAAAGUUGUGUCUUUUUACAAUGACCGGGCACUCGUCAUUGUUUUUUUGAAAAUGGUUUUGAAAUAAUGAAGAAAUUAUCAAAAACGUUACCUGAAGCGACGUUUUGUUUACAUACGAUUGUCCCACACAUAGCCGAAAAAGUCACGUGGUUCAGGCGCCUUGUAUGCUGGUUCACGUCAAAUCACUGCGCGGAGGUUGAUGUUUAAUAUGAAAUUGAUAUUUACCUGCUCAUUGUGUAAAUUAUUUAAUAUUUAUAUAUUUUAUUAAAACCACACACAAUUUAGUUUGAACAGUAUAUUGAGUGUGAUACGAAUGUGCCUUCCAAUCAACUGUGUUAACGAUAAAGCCAUGAACUAGGACAGUAAUAUAUGCGAUUGUAUGACACCAAUAUGAUACUAAUAUGCCUGGUGUACAUUCUCAGUUGUAAUAAUCUGCCAUACUGUCAAGUAUUGUAAUUUGCAUUUUAUUUUGUAACACUGAAAAUAGUCUACAUUACUCGAUGGUGCCCGUGUGCUUUUUAUAACUUUAUGCCAUUGCUUGAUUACUGUCGGUGUAAAUAAAAAAAAAAUUAUAAUCUGAAGAAAAUGUUAUGAUUUCAGCUGAAUUGUAUUAAAUGUUAUUAUUGUUUCUGACGAUGUCGAUUUUGAUGAUAUGAAGAGAAGAAGGAUAAUGAUGUUAAAUGAUGAUACGGAUGCUGAAGAAGUUUGAGCAAAAUAAGAUGAUAACAAUAACGAAUACGACAGCAUCAUCAUCAUCAUAAGCAGCAGCAGCGGUAGCAUCAUCAUCAUCUCCAGCAUCAUUAUAAGGAAUAACAUCAAACUCAUUCACUGUCUUCGUAUUCGUUAUUGAUGUCAUAUUAUUUGCGCAAACUUCGUCAUUAUUAAUAAUUAUUAUCCUUCUUAUGUUUAUGUCAAUCGUAAUACAUGGACUAUCUCCGGAAUGUAUGGAAUAAAUCGUCUGCUGAUCCA